AAACCAAAGAUGCGAUAACGGGCGAUGGCAACCGCUGUUUUCCCACGACGGGCGGACUCAAACGUCGAUUAGAGAGACCACUCUAAAACGCGCGAGGGUAACUCAGUAAUUUCACAUGGCGCCACCCAAAAGCGAAAACGUUGUUCCUUUUUGUUCCACUGUCUCCUCCGCGUUCUAAUUGUAUUUCUUCGUGAAGUCGCUUGUCGGCGUUCUCGGCCGUCGAUUUAGCGCCGGAGUGUCAUGGCGAGAGUGAACGAUAAUUGGGAGAGGCUAGUGCGUGCGACUUUGAAGAGAGAGCAGCUUAGAAAUGCAGGGCAAGGCCAUGGGAGGACUCCCAGUGGGAUUGUGGGAGCCGUGCCGCCUUCUCUUGGAAAAACUACCAACAUUGAUGCUAUUUUGCAGGCUGCAGAUGAAAUCCAAGCGGAGGACUCCACUGUUGCUAGGAUUUUGUGUGAGCAGGCGUACAGAAUGGCUCAAAACUUGGAUCCUAACAGCGACGGUAGAGGUGUUCUUCAGUUUAAGACCGGAUUAAUGUCUGUUAUUAAGCAAAAACUUGUAAAGAAGGAUGGGGCAUCUAUAGAUCGUCAUCGUGAUAUUGAACAUCUGUGGGAGUUCUACAAGCAAUAUAAGAGACGGCAUAGAAUAGAUGAUAUACAAAGAGAAGAACAAAAAUGGCGGGAGUCGGGAGUAAUCAGUGCUAACUUGGGAGAGUUGGAGCUUAGAUAUUCUGAAGCGAAGAAAGUAAUUGCUAACCUUAGGGCUUUAGUUGAGGUGAUGGAGGCUCUCAGUGGAGAUGCAGAUCCUCAAGGAGUCGGAAGAUUGAUUAUGGAGGAGCUACGAAGAGUUAGAAGUUCUGAUAAUACAUUAUCCGGGGAAUUUGUACCCUACAAUAUUGUACCUUUGGACGCACAAUCACUAACAAAUGCCAUUGGCAUUUUUCCUGAAGUAAGGGCUACAAUAUCUGCAAUCAGAUAUACAGAGCAUUUCCCGAGACUGCCUUCGGAAUUUCAGAUAUCUGGACAAAGGAGUGCAGAUAUGUUUGACCUUCUUGAAUAUGCAUUUGGAUUCCAGGAGGACAACAUAAGAAAUCAGCGAGAGCAUGUGGUUCUCAUGGUAGCAAAUGCUCAAUCUCGUCUUGGCAUACCUAAUAAUGCUGAUCCUAAAUUAGAUGAGAAAGCAGUCAACGAGGUCUUUUUGAAGGUGCUUGAUAACUACAUCAAAUGGUGUAAAUACUUACGUAUUCGCCUUGCAUGGAACAGCUUAGAGGCAAUUAAUAGGGACAGGAAGCUUUUCCUUGUUUCUCUGUACUUGCUUAUAUGGGGUGAAGCAGCAAAUGUUCGCUUCCUUCCUGAAUGUAUUUGCUACUUGUUCCACCAUAUGGCAAAAGAACUGGAUGCCAUGCUUGAUCAUGAUGAAGCAGUUCGUUCGGAAAACUGUAAGCUGGAAAAUGGUUCUGUGUCUUUCCUCCAGCAAAUCAUUUGUCCUAUCUACGAGACACUUGUAGCUGAAACUGAAAGAAACAAAAAUGGGAAAGCUGCACAUUCAGCAUGGAGGAACUAUGAUGAUUUCAAUGAAUACUUUUGGUCACCUACAUGCUUUGAAUUGGGCUGGCCAAUGAGGAAGGAGUCAAGUUUUUUACAGAAGCCCAAAGGCUCGAAACGGACUGGAAAGACGUCUUUUGUUGAGCAUCGCACAUUUCUUCAUUUGUAUCGCAGUUUCCACCGUCUCUGGAUCUUUUUGGCAAUUGUAUUUCAGGCUCUGACAAUUUUUGCUUUCCACAAAGAGCGUCUUAAUUUAGACACUUUCAAAGCUAUUCUUAGCAUUGGGCCAACAUUUGCGAUCAUGAACUUCAUUGAGAGUUCUUUAGAUGUAUUACUUACUUUUGGAGCAUACACCACUGCAAGAGGAAUGGCUAUAUCAAGGAUUGUUAUUAGAUUCUUCUGGUGGGGAUUGAGUUCAGUUUUUGUGACUUAUGUUUAUGUGAAGGUUCUUGAGGAAAGAAAUACUCGAAGCUCAGAUAAUUCAUUCUACUUCCGAAUAUAUAUUAUAGUGUUGGGUGUUUAUGCUGCUUUACGCCUUGUGGUUGCAAUGCUGAUGAAGUUACCUGCAUGCCAUACUCUUUCUGAGAUGUCAGAUCAGUCUUUUUUUCAGUUUUUCAAAUGGAUCUAUCAGGAACGUUACUUUGUCGGUCGUGGUCUAUAUGAAAAACCAAGUGACUAUUGCAGAUAUGUAGCCUUUUGGUUAGUGCUCUUGAUCUGUAAAUUUGUUUUUGCUUACUUUCUCCAGAUUAAACCACUUGUCCAACCAACCACUAUUAUUGUCAACCUUCCAUCUCUUGAAUAUUCGUGGCAUUCUUUCAUUUCAAAGAAUAAUAAUAAUGUGUCGACUGUAGUUAGCUUAUGGGCUCCUGUUGUUGCUCUCUAUCUCUUGGACAUUUACAUAUGGUACACACUCUUGUCAGCCAUCAUUGGUGGUGUAAAGGGUGCUCGGGGUCGGUUGGGAGAGAUACGAUCGCUUGAAAUGAUGCACAAACGUUUUGAGAGCUUUCCAGAAGCAUUUGUGAAGAACCUUGUCUCUAGACAGACGAAAAGUUUGCCACCCAACGGACAAGCACCUCAGGACGCUCCGGAUAUGAGCAAGACAUAUGCAGCAAUUUUUUCUCCAUUUUGGAAUGAGAUCAUUAAAAGUUUACGUGAGGAAGACUUCAUUAGCAAUAGGGAGAUGGACUUGCUUUCGAUCCCCAGCAACACAGGGAGCCUUAGAUUGGUCCAGUGGCCUCUUUUUCUUUUAAGUAGUAAGAUAUUCUUGGCUGUUGAUUUGGCUUUGGACUGCAAAGAUACGCAGGCAGAUCUAUGGAACAGAAUAUGUCGGGAUGAGUAUAUGGCAUAUGCAGUUCAAGAAUGUUACUACAGUGUUGAAAAAAUCUUAUAUGCCCUUGUUGAUGGUGAAGGCAGACUUUGGGUUGAAAGGAUAUUCCGGGAGAUUACCAAUAGUAUUUCAGAGGGUUCACUGGUUAUAACAUUGAACCUUAAGAAGAUUCCAAUUGUGUUACAAAAGUUUACAGCGCUUACAGGGCUUUUGACUCGAAAUGAAACUCCUCAACUUGCUAGAGGUGCUGCAAAAGCUGUGUUUGAGCUUUAUGAGGUUGUUACCCAUGACCUGCUUUCAUCGGAUUUGAGGGAGCAGCUUGAUACAUGGAAUAUCUUGUUGAGGGCAAGAAAUGAAGGUCGCCUUUUUUCUCGGAUUGAAUGGCCCAAAGAUCUAGAAAUUAAAGAGCUUGUGAAGCGUCUGCAUUUGCUUCUUACAGUGAAGGACUCAGCAGCUAACAUCCCAAAAAAUCUCGAAGCAAGGAGAAGACUGCAGUUUUUUACAAAUUCAUUAUUUAUGGACAUGCCUUCAGCAAAACCUGUCAGUGAAAUGGUGCCAUUCAGCGUCUUUACUCCAUACUACAGUGAAACUGUGCUUUAUAGUUCCUCGGAAAUACGAAUGGAAAAUGAGGAUGGCAUAUCCAUUCUUUUCUAUCUUCAGAAAAUUUUUCCAGAUGAAUGGGAGAAUUUCUUGGAACGGAUAGGUCGAAGUCAUGCCACUGGGGAAGCAGAGCUCCAAAAAAGUCCAAGUGAUGCAUUGGAGCUUCGGUUUUGGGUUUCUUAUAGAGGGCAGACUCUGGCUCGGACAGUUCGUGGAAUGAUGUACUACAGAAGAGCAUUAAUGCUUCAGAGCUAUCUGGAGAAAAGAUCAUUUGGGGAUGAUUAUUCUCAAACGAACUUUUCCACAAGUCAGGGCUUUGAGUUAUCUCGUGAAUCAAGGGCACAAGCAGACUUGAAAUUUACUUAUGUCGUUUCCUGUCAAAUAUAUGGGCAACAAAAGCAGAGAAAAGCUCCAGAGGCUACUGAUAUUGCUCUUUUGCUGCAGAGGAAUGAGGGACUUCGUGUUGCUUUCAUUCACGUGGAAGAUAGUGUUGCAUCUGAUGGCAAAGUUGUAAAGGAAUUUUAUUCGAAGCUUGUGAAAGCUGAUAUACAUGGAAAAGAUCAGGAAGUAUAUUCGAUCAAACUUCCUGGUGAGCCAAAGCUAGGAGAAGGAAAACCUGAAAACCAAAACCAUGCUAUAGUAUUCACUCGAGGAGAUGCUGUUCAAACUAUUGACAUGAAUCAGGACAACUAUCUUGAAGAGGCAAUGAAAAUGAGAAAUCUUCUAGAGGAAUUUCAUGCAAAGCAUGGGCUUCGCCCACCUACCAUCUUAGGCGUGAGAGAGCAUGUAUUCACUGGAAGUGUUUCUUCCUUAGCAUGGUUCAUGUCUAAUCAGGAAACUAGCUUUGUAACCUUGGGACAACGUGUUUUGGCAAGUCCACUCAAAGUCCGAAUGCAUUAUGGGCAUCCUGAUGUGUUUGAUCGUAUAUUUCAUAUAACUCGAGGUGGCAUUAGCAAGGCAUCACGUGUGAUCAACAUCAGUGAGGAUAUAUAUGCAGGUUUCAACUCCACUUUGAGGCAGGGUAACAUUACACACCACGAGUAUAUCCAGGUUGGAAAAGGAAGGGAUGUUGGAUUAAACCAAAUAGCCCUGUUUGAAGGGAAAGUAGCUGGUGGGAAUGGAGAGCAAGUUCUCAGCAGGGAUGUUUACAGGCUUGGGCAACUUUUUGAUUUCUUCAGAAUGCUAUCAUUUUAUUUCACAACUGUUGGUUACUAUGCAUGUACAAUGAUGACAGUUCUUGUGGUUUACAUUUUCUUGUAUGGACGGGUUUACUUGGCCUUCGCUGGACUUGACGAAGCAAUCUCAAGGAGGGCAAAAAUGUUGGGAAACACAGCAUUAGAUACUGCACUGAAUGCUCAGUUUUUGUUCCAGAUUGGAGUUUUUACAGCAGUCCCUAUGAUAAUGGGUUUUAUACUUGAACUUGGACUGCUGAAGGCUGUUUUUAGCUUCAUAACUAUGCAGCUUCAGUUAUGUUCUGUCUUCUUCACAUUCUCAUUGGGGACUCGAACUCAUUAUUUUGGAAGAACUAUUCUCCAUGGUGGUGCCAAGUAUCGAGCAACUGGUAGAGGUUUUGUGGUCCAGCACAUCAAAUUUGCUGAAAAUUAUCGCCUCUACUCAAGAAGUCAUUUCAUCAAGGCGCUCGAGGUGGCAUUGCUUCUUAUUAUCUACAUUGCGUAUGGGUAUUCAGAAGGAGGUGCAAGUACUUUUGUUUUACUUACUCUCAGCAGUUGGUUCCUCGUAAUUUCGUGGCUCUUUGCUCCUUACAUCUUCAAUCCAUCUGGUUUUGAGUGGCAAAAGACUGUGGAGGAUUUUGACGAUUGGACUAGCUGGCUAUUCUACAAAGGGGGAGUAGGGGUUAAGGGAGAAAACAGUUGGGAGUCAUGGUGGGAUGAGGAACAGGCACAUAUUCAAACUUUCAGAGGUCGAAUACUGGAGACAAUUUUGACCGUGAGGUUCUUCAUAUUUCAAUUUGGAAUUGUGUACAAGCUCCAUCUCACAGGAAAGGACACAUCACUUGCGCUCUAUGGUUUUUCGUGGGUGGUGCUCGUUGGGAUUGUUUUGAUAUUCAAGAUUUUCACCUUCAGCCCUAAAAAAUCGACGAACUUCCAGCUAUUGAUGAGAUUCAUUCAGGGUGUCACAGCCAUUGUUCUGGUUACAGCUCUUGGUCUAAUUGUUGGCUUCACUAACCUAUCAAUAACCGAUUUAUUUGCAAGUCUUCUAGCAUUUAUUCCUACUGGAUGGGCCAUAUUAUGUCUUGCAGUUACUUGGAAGAAAGUGGUGAGAAGUCUAGGUUUGUGGGACUCGGUACGUGAAUUUGCCAGGAUGUAUGAUGCAGGGAUGGGAUUAAUAAUAUUUGUGCCGAUCGCAUUCUUAUCCUGGUUUCCUUUCAUUUCCACGUUCCAAUCUCGUCUGCUCUUCAAUCAAGCUUUCAGCCGUGGGCUCGAGAUCUCCCUCAUCCUUGCUGGAAACAAAGCUAACAUCGAGACAUAGUGAUUUUACUAGAGAAGAACUCAUUGCCAGUAAUGUAGAUAGAUAUAGUGUUGUACACUUUAAUUUUCUGUAUCAUAUAUUCAUUUCUGAGUUUUGAUUCUUAGAAAAGCUCUUAGAUUUUCAGAGGGUUCAUAUAUUGGUGUUUGUUUCAAUAGGUUGGAGUGUGAAGGCAAGACUCGGUAAUUUGUUGGAUGUGUAUUGUGUAAGGUUAUUUAUUAUAAAUUAUAAGGUUUUUCUUCUUCUUUUCUUUA